UCUGAGAUUCUCCUUCAUUUCUGCUACGAAGAAGAGUUUAUAUUAAAAACCAUUUUUGCUAUUUUACUUUAUUGCUAUCUACUGAAAGGAAUAAUAAUGAGAGGUAUAGCAACAAAGAUCUCCGGCGUUACGCCGUUGUUUGUGCUAUGCAUCGCCGUGGCAACCUCCGCCUUUAAGGACAUCGAAAAGUUAAGGAUUUGGCCGUUACCGGCGGAAGUAAGCCACGGUGGCCGGAGAAUGUAUUUAAGCGAAGAUUUCAAGCUUGUCACGGAGGGAAGCAAAUACCAAGACCCUUCGGGUAUUUUGAAAGAAGGCUUCGAUAGAAUGCUUGCAGUUGUGAAGCUGAGCCACGUUGUCUCCGGCCACCGGAACUCUUCGGGCUCCGGUGGAUCUGCUCUGCUUCAGGGACUCCACGUCAUCAUCUCUUCCUCCACCGAUGAGUUGGAAUAUGGAGCAGACGAAUCGUACAAAUUAGUGGUUGCAUCCCGAGGGAAGCCGUCUUAUGCACAACUUGAGGCAAAAAGCGUUUACGGUGCAUUGCAUGGCCUACAGACAUUCAGCCAGUUAUGCCAUUUUAAUAUGAAGAAAAAGGUAAUAGAGAUUUUAAUGGCUCCAUGGAAUAUCACAGACCUGCCCAGAUUCUCUUACCGUGGUCUUUUGAUCGAUACAUCCCGACAUUAUUUACCACUACCUGUUAUGAAGAACGUGAUUGAUUCAAUGACAUACACCAAGCUAAAUGUGCUUCAUUGGCACAUUGUGGACACACAGUCAUUUCCAUUAGAGAUUCCUUCGUAUCCAAAGCUAUGGAAUGGUGCUUAUUCUCCCACUGAGAGAUACACCUUCGAAGACGCUGCAGAGAUCGUCAAUUAUGCUCGGCGACGAGGGAUUCAUGUCUUGGCUGAGAUUGAUGUUCCAGGACACGCUCUCUCAUGGGGAAAGGGAUAUCCUUCGUUGUGGCCCUCCAAGAAUUGUCAAGAACCACUUGACGUGAGUAGUGACUUUACAUUCAAGGUCAUUGAUGGCAUUCUUUCUGAUUUUAGCAAGAUCUUUAAGUUUAAAUUUGUCCACUUGGGAGGUGACGAAGUAAAUACAACUUGCUGGUCUACAACACCUCGAAUAUCCAAAUGGCUAAAAAAACAUCGGAAGAGUGAAGCAGAAGCUUAUGAAUAUUUUGUACUGCGGGCGCAAAAGAUCGCUUUGUCACACGGAUAUGAAAUCAUCAACUGGGAAGAAACCUUCAACAACUUUGGAAACAAAUUAAACCCCAAAACGGUGGUCCACAACUGGCUUGGUACAGGAGUUGUUGAGAAAGUGACAGCGGCUGGUUUAAGGUGCAUAAUGAGUAACCAAGACAAAUGGUAUCUGGACCAUAUAGACACACCGUGGCAAAUGUUUUACGCAAACGAGCCACUUGAGAACAUAAAAGAUCAAAAGCAACAAAGUCUAGUUCUUGGUGGUGAAGUUUGCAUGUGGGGUGAACAUAUCGAUGCUUCUGACAUUGAACAAACCAUUUGGCCUCGUGCUGCUGCAGCUGCAGAGCGGUUGUGGACACCAUAUACAAAGUUGGCUGAGAAUCCAGACAAGGUAACUACGAGGUUGGCUCACUUUAGAUGUUUGUUAAAUGAGAGAGGAGUUGCAGCUGCACCUUUGGUUGGUGGAGGACGAGUCGUGCCUUUUGAACCAGGUUCAUGUCUCGCUCAGUAACGCUCGAAAUGGUUUAGAUUGUAGAAUAUUGUUACAGUCAGCGGUAUCGUGGCUUAGCACAAGCAACAGCCAACAAUCAAGUGAUAUUCAAAUAUUAAAAAUAGUUUAUAUAUAUUUUACGGUUUUACCUGGAGAUCAAAAUUAAUAUUUUUGUCUUUAUUUCUCUAUGUUGUAAGUUACAACUGAUUCUUCAAUAUGUAUUUCUUGUGAUGAAUCAAUAUUUUGUUGUUGUUUUGAAGAACAC